AUGGAUGUUAGUGUACCCAUAGAGCCUCCCGCAUCACAUGAACAUCUUUUCUUCCUGGUGGCUAUCGAUUAUUUCACAAAAUGGGUUGAAGCUUUGACAUACAAGGCAAUGGCUAAGAAGGUAGUCACAGACUUUGUUCACAACAACAUAGUUGGUCGGUUUGGAAUUCCAGAAUCAAUCAUUACAAAUAAUGCAGCCAACCUCAAUAGCGAUCUUAUGAGGAAAACUUGUGAAAGGUUUAAGAUUGCUCAUCGAAAUUCCACAGCUUACCGCCCACAGAUGAAUGGAGCAGUUGAGGCUGCAAAUAAGAAUAUCAAGAAGAUUCUAAGAAAAAUAGUGGGCAGUCACAGACAAUGGUAUGAGAAGCUACCAUAUGCUUUACUUGGUUAUCGCAUCACAAUCAUAACAUCAACUAGGACAACUCCUUAUAUGAUGGUUUAUGGUUCAGAGGCAGUAAUACCUGCCGAGGUGGAAAUACCAUCUUUAAGGAUUAUCCAAGAGGCAGCCUGA